AUGGACCCUCUUGAAAAGAUCGAUGUUUCAAAGCUUCCGAAUGAAAUUCGGGAAAAGCUUGCGGAGUUGGAACUGGAGCUGUCGGAAGGUGAUAUAACCCGAAAGGGAUAUGAGAAAAAGAAAACGAAGCUUUUAGCUGCGUUCAUUCCCAAAGAACACUCCAAAGGUCGAGGUGCAUCCGGUGGUUCCGCUAGUCCCGGAACUAGAGCGAAACGAAGAGCGCAUCGGAAACUCACUCGCAAUGAGAGUCGCUAUCACUCAGUUUCUUUGAUUGUCACACAUCCAGAAAUACGGAAGGAGGCCGUAGAACAGGCUCUUGCUGCAAUGCAAAGCAGACCGAAACCAUCCCUGCCAAUGCCCUCCAAAAGGACAUCCGUUCAGCAAAUGCCUCAGUCUCAAGAAGAUAGAGGCAUUAGAAAUGAUGACUCUGGAGAGUCAAGCUCCGAUGAAAGUAGCAGUUUGUUCAAUGAAGAAGCAGCUUCACAUGGCACAACAGAAAUGAGGGAUGAUGCUCCACCACCUUUGCCUGACAGACAAAGUAUGCCACUCCCUCAGCCUCCAGUGAUGCAUCAGCCUUCGCAUCCUUUACCACCUGUUCCAGUCACUCCUUCGCAUCCUCCAAUGCCGGGUGCUCCACCUGGUUCUGCCAACAGGCAAUAG